AUUAGCAAAGAGCCUAGGGCCGUGAAGACACUGUCCUGGUCUCCAGAUGGCUACUGUCUUGCUGCUGCUUGGAGUACUCAUGGAUUGGCUCUUUGGAGUGUAUUUGGUUCCCUCCUCUACUCAACAUUCCUCGAUCAAACGGAAGUUACUCGGUUUCUUGCACCUCUUAAUUUUUGCUGGACACUGAAGGGCUUCCGUCUAUGGACCAUCUCCUCUUUCGUAGAUGAUCCAGAUCGACGUGAAAGAGAGGAGUACCUCAACGCUUUUCGAGAACGUCUCCUUAGCAGUUGUAACGCCCUUCCACAAACUCAGCGCCAAAUUGCAAAGAAUGUGGCCAAAAUGCGUUCCGAUUUGCAUUUAGACGACAGUGGAGAUUAUGAGAAUGGAAGCAAAAUCUCUACCAAUGGGAAAUCCACUUUAGAAAAGAAUCGAAACUUUCUGAUGGUCUUUCAUCUUGCCAAAUCCGCCUUAGCAGCUAAUCCAACUGUGGAUAAUCAUCUUCAUUUACUGAUGCAUACAGCAGAUUCUAUUUAUGUUACUGUUCGUCGAUUUCUGCAUUCCCGAAGAAAUAUGCUUGUUGUGCCUCUUCCACCAGAGUACAUCAGAACUAACUUCCCUCUCAAGUUCGCGGCAAUUAAUCCAGAGGGAAGCCAAGUGGCUGUAGCGGGAUCGCGGGGAUUUUCCCUCUGUGUCUUGUCAACUCUACAAUGGCGUCUUUUUGGCAACAUCACUCAAGCGUUACUUUUCUUAAAACCCUUGGUCACUAACACUCUUCGAAUUCCUCUUUAG